AUGAGGAUAGAUGAUGUAAUCUACUUCUUCAAUGAUUUUAGACCUUAUUACUACCGCGUCCUUGCAGUCAUUGGAGUUCUCUCUAAUGUGGUCGCAAUUGUAACACUAUCGCGGGGGCGGUGCGGACUCUCCGAAUGUGUCACCUGGUAUCUUGAGGCAAUGGCCGUAGCAGAUCUACUGGUCGUCGUGUUUCAAGUCAUUCUGAUCCGGAUAUAUUUAAUUUAUUACACUCCUGAGUGCAACAUCAUACAUACCAUGGGUUACGUGUCCGUGGCUUGCUCCGUCUGGCUCACUGUUGCUUUCACCUUGGACCGUACAGUGGCCAUUUGCUUCCAGAAGCUGAAGACCAGAUACUGCACUGAGAAAGGUGCAGCCACCGUUAUUGCAGUGGUGAGUGUGCUGAGUGUGUUAACCAACAUCCCGUGGUACUUCACGUACAAGAUUCAUAUCUGCUGGGCAUCAAUUGAGUUCGUCUAUUCCCCCGUGUGGGCCGCCUUUGACUGGGGGCACCGCAUUUUAACCCCAGUCGUCCCCUUCGUGCUGAUCCUGCUGCUCAAUGCCAUCACUGUCAGGCACAUCCUGAUGGCCGGUGUAGUCCGCAGGAAACUGAGGGGGCAGCGGAACGGGGAAGGGAAGGACGACCCAGAGAUGAAGAAUCGAAGAAGAUCCAUCAUUUUGCUCUUCGCCAUAUCGGCCAGUUUUAUCCUGUUGUGGAUGACACGGGUGGUCAUUCUAGCAAUUGAGCAAAUUACUGUACAGUAUUUCUUAAUGACAGCUUCUAAACUUGUGGGAGAUUACCUGGGAGAAAUGCUUCAGUUAUUCAGCUCCUGCACCAACAUGUUUAUUUAUGCCGUCACUCAGAGGAAGUUCCGGGAGGAGGUGAUAAAUACCGUGAAAUAUCCCUUUACGGCCAUCCUGAAAAGUUCGGCAGAGAGCUGGAAGAUAUAA